AUGCAACUACCGCCCAUUUCACUAAUAUCAACCUUCUCAAAGAUUCUAGAACGUGUCAUCUUGAAAAGACUUCUAGGCCACCUGAAUCAAAAUGAACUUCUUACUCCAAGACAGCAUGGCUUCAAGAAGAAUAAAUCAACAACCACAGCAAUAACUCAGCUAGUUGAAUCUAUUAUCGACAAACUAGAAGAAGGUUGUAUAGCCACAAGUAUCUUCCUAGACUUCAGUAAGGCCUUUGACUGCCUAGAGCAUGGCUUAGUAAUUGAAAAACUCAGAUCAUUAGGAAUUGAAGACAAAGAGGCAGACUGGUUCAAGAGCUACUUGAGCAACAGGAAACAACUCGUAGAGCUUACAUCAUCAAGCAACGGAAUAAUUCACAAAAUAAAAGUCGGAACUGUUACCAGUAACAAGAGGCGUACCUCAAGGAUCUGUGCUUGGUCCAGUGCUUUACACUCUUUUGACAAAUGA